AUGGACAGAGACGAGCAACUUAAUAGCACCAAAGCCAUUGCUACCAAUGUGCCAGAAAACAGAGUUGACUGUGAUGAUCCUAACAACAAUCCAUACGCCCCAGGGCCUUGCGCUAACUCCGUCUCACACUCCCGACGAAACACGCCGCCCCAAAACCUUCCCAUAGGACCACCUCCCAUCUCUGAAAAUACUCGAACUAGGCUUUCUGAAAUCAGGAAACUAGAAUUUGCCUGGGGCAUGAAACCACGUACUCUGAACUUGGAUACUACUAGAAACUUGGUCUGGCUGGAUUGUACCGUGCAUAAGCUUUUUGAUCAUCGACACUGGGCGUUAUUGCCCUCUGAGGCCAUCCUGGACGAGAUCUUACGUUUUGUUGUCCAGCAUAUCGAUUACGAGGAUCGGGAGAAAUUCACCAAAGUAUUCCCUCAUCAGAUAUACGAAUACACAUUUGUGCAACUUAAGCCAUGCACCGAGCCGUAUAUUCGCUAUGAUAAGCCACAAGUCUCGGUCCAUCAGGGUCCUUUCUCGACGCUCUCGCGAAUUCGAUCCCAUAUCCACCCGUACUUUGUUAUCUGCAACGUCGCUCUGAAAGACAAAAAGUUCUAUCCUCACCUCAAAGCUGGCACACAAAGCGAGUACGAAACUCUGGCUCAUGACCCUAGUCUACUGAAGCGUCUUCGGCUAUGUCGUUCAAUCUUUACUCUUUGGGAUCGUCCUCUACCCGCCCACUUUGACCAAUUAGCUCCUCCGGAUAAUCUCGCUCCCACCGUUUCCAGCGGGCAUAGCACAACGUCACGCAACACUACUCGGAGUGCAAAACGUAGGCGUGUACCCGACAAUCACAAGGGUUCCACGGCGGACGUGGAUGAUGACGCUUCACAGGGAUAUGAACCAACGGAAUCUGCACUCACCCGGUCACUGUUCACACCAGGGGAAUCCCAGACCCCACACAACCAGUUGGAAUCAACGAUCGGUCAUACCAAUCCCGAAACACCACUCUAUCUUUUGAAAGUUGGAACUUGGCUUCAAGGAAUCAAGCCGUCAGCGGACGUUGACAACUUGGUAUUAUAA